CCCAUUCAUUCAUUCUCUCUCUCGGGGAGAGUGGACGGGCUAUCUACGGAGUAGUAAGACCGGCUGGUCCCCCAAUCUCCCCCACCCGCAUGUCCAGUCUCCCCUAUCCAUAUCCUCCGUCUUGUCCAAUCUGUCGUCUGUACCCACCGUCUCCGUCGUCUCUUCCCCUCUGCCCCCUCAAGUCUCUCUCCCGUUCUGUGUCUGCCUUCUGCCUCGAUACGGGAUAAUCUGGGCCGAGACCCCAGAGGGAGCAAUCGAGGCGGUCGCAUCCCGCCUCUCCCCGCAUCUCUCCCCACCGUUCCUCCUCCUCCUGUCCGAGCUUCGCCGCGGACGGUGCAGAGCGCAGCGCGGAAUCGUGGAGCCCAGUGACCCUUGACCCCCCCCCCGCCAUCCCCUCCGGAACUAGCGGGAGAUCAGGGGACCCAGGGAUAAAAAGGAUAGGUCGAGAUGUAAGGCGGGGCUCUGCGCUGCGACUGUGGUUUUGUCUGCGGCGAGAGGAGCGAAGGGGAUUUGGGAGCAGGGCAGCUCGUCGGGGAGUGAACGAGCGGGGAGCCGUGGGGAGUGGAACGGGGGUGCGGGGUGGGGGAGUCGUGGGGAGAGGAGCUGAGAGGGAACAGCGGCGGAGGAGGAGGAGGAGUUGGGUGUGGGGAGAGCUGGCGCUGUCCGUGGUGCUGAAGUCCGCGCCAUUGGCAGCGCAGCGGCGUCGCGCGCUGCCCUGUGCGUCAGUCCUCUCUGUGCGUCAUGCAGCACUCCCGGGGCCCGGGCUGUCGGAGCCUCGCUCCCCCUCUCCGGCCUAGCGAAUUGGUCGGGGGGCGUGGAGGGGGGGGGGCACCUGGGCCACGCUACUCCCCAAACCCGGCCCAACGCCGAGACGCCGGGUCAUCACUGCACCGUCGUCGGUGUGAUUACAAGACGACUCGUGCAUCCCCUACCAUCGACAUGCGUGUGCAAGUACCCGAGUGUGUUCGUUCGUGUGUAGUCACGCGCGUGUGCAUAUCUGCUACCUAUGUGUAUGGUUUUAAUGUGUGUGUGUGUACCCGGGUGUGUUUGUGAUGGAGCGGUAGUGUAGCGGUUAGCGCGCUGCGCUACGAACCCAGGGAUCCGAGUUUCCCAGUGGCGAUUACCGGUCAUGGGCCUCUCUAGAUCGACUUAGCCUCAAAUGAGUACCUGGUGCAGUGUGUAAAAAACAUUGCCACUGGGGAGACAAAGGCGGUCGGGCCUGCUGCUGGCCACCCAUCCCCUCGUGUGCCGGUACGGCCUUCAUAGGUGCUCGCGAACAGCGCUUGCCCCAAUAGUCUGUUAAAGCUAUAUGGGGGAAUCUUUGUUUUUGUGUACCAAGAUGUAUUUAUGUAUGUCGACAUGUCUUCCUAUGUGUAUGCUUAUAUGCAUGUGUGUGUACCCGGGUGUAGUUGUGUGUAUGUCAGCAUCAGAAUUUGAAUAUUUAUUUAUACUGGAGGAAUCCGAUAAGCUAUAAAGCUCUUCUUCACAGAUGUCCAGUAUGCAUCCGUGUGUGCAUGUCUGUCCAUGUGUAUAUGUAUGUGUGCAUGUGUGUACUUGUGCGUGUUUGUAUGCAUGUGCGUGUGUGUGGGAAGCGGUAGUGUAGUGGUUAACGCGCCGAGUUCGAUUCCCGCUCACAGCCAACACUGGUGCCGAUUAUUUGAAGCGGUCCUGGGCCUCCCCUAGGUCGAUUCAGCCACAAAUGUGUACCUGGUGGGUGUGUAAACAUUGCCCCAACAGUCUGUUCAGGCUAUACGGGGGAUCUUUGUCUUUGUGUGUACCCAUAUGUGUGUUUAUUUGUGUAUGCCUGGCAUGAGACAUGCCGGCUCUCAUGGCUGCUCGCUAACAGCACCGAGCCUCGACAGCCUGUACGGCUAUCGGGGGCUGAUCGUGCGGUUUUACUUGGACGCGGUUGUGCAGAGGUACUUGCACUCGGAGAUCAGGAACGUCUUACCCAUCAGAGGCACACGCUAUCCGGUCUGUUCCUUGCCUGUGUGAACACUUAUGUGUGUCAGUGUGUCUGUGUAAACACUUGUGCGUGUGUGCGUCUGUGUGAACACUUGUGUGUGUGUCUGUGUGAACACGUGUGUGUGUCUGUGUGAACACUUGUGUGUGUGUGUGCAUCUGUAUGAACACUUGUGUGUGUGGCUGUGUGAACACUUGUGUGUCUGUGUGUCUGUGUGAACACUUGUGUGUGUUUGAACACGUGUGUGUGUGUCUGUGUGAUCCCAUCACCGCUGGAAAGACAAAGGCGGUCGGGCAUGGAGCUGGCCACUCAUCCCGUGCCAGCCUUCAUAGGUGCUCGCUAAAAUCCCUUGUGCCAAAAGUCUGUUCAGGCUAUACGGGCGAUCUUUGUUAUUGGUGUUCACUGGAGUCUUCAGGACAACCUGCUACCUCCCAGGAAUCCACCAGCCCAGUGACCUCUCGACUCCCCCAUUGGUCUUUCUUUUGUACGUCACUUGAAAAGCAACUGACAGAUCGCCAUGAGUCCGGCGAUCCAUUUGAUGGCAUCAGCAGUUGCCUGAUGUAUCGUGCCUCCUGUGCAAGCGUACAAUGGGCAAUGAUCGGUUACCUGAUGUGCAGAUUCGCACCCCAUGACAUUCACAGUGGCCAGGGCUGCUCUACCACUUUCCACAUGCGAAGGAAAUAGCCGCACCUGGAAUGUGUUGUCCCAGCGCGAUUAAGCGCAGUCCGCUGUUGCCUUCUACGCAAGCUGAAGCCAGGUAAUUCCAGUGUCGUCGGGUCUUCAAUUUACUUGCCUUCCCCCGUUAAAGCCCUAAACAGCGUUUACUUUCCUUCGCCCCAGUUGCCCUGCGCGCAAAUGGGGUGCUUUGUCUCGCGGAAGGAGUAUUUUCGCCACGUCGUGUCUUACAGGAGUCAAUUCAGUGGCAAUUGAUGGUGUUGAAAUGUAAAUUGGAUUUGUGAAUGUGAAUUAGAUUUGGGGAAUAGGGCUGGGGUAGGAAUACAAUCUCGGAGGGAUUGAAUGCUCUUUAUUGACAAUCGCCAGGGCCGUCCGUCAUCGUCGCCCCACUCGACUUGGCAAUCGCGCCGCUCCGCGUGCAGGUGAGAGGUGAGCGCUGAGCGGCGGCCGCGCCAUGUUCGAGCAGGAGGACCUGGAGGCCAAGCUCUCGUGCAGCGGAGUCGGCGUGAGGAAUGGGCUGCUGAGGAUCGGGCCCCCGCAGCCCACGGGGCCCCCGCCGAUCCCAGCGCAGCCGACGCAAGGGAACGGACAGACGCAGGGAAAGCAGACAGCGGCGGCGCCACCGUCCCCGCAGACGCCCGCGCAGACCGAGAGCCAAAGUGAGGCCCCCGCGCAGGGCCCGUCGCCGCAGGGUCACUCGCACGUUGAGGCGCAGCCCGCGGCACACGGCAAGGCCAAAGACCAGAGCCGGAACGCGGCACAGGGCCGGUCCCGACUGGGUCAGACGCUCGGGCCUGCCCAGCAGGCUCAGACGCAAGAUCCUCUUCCGAGUCAGGUGCGCGCGGCCGACAAAGCGCCGCUCCUGCCGGCGAGCGGCGAGCCCGCGGCAAAGGUGCACGCUUUGGUUUGGGGACAGGGUCUGGAGCAACCCCAGGGCUCUCGCCCGCACGGCCUCGCGCAGGCGGAGAUAAAGGGCCAAGCGCAGCCCCAGACUCCGAGCCAAAGCCAAGGCCUGGUGCAGGCCCAGGUGCAGAGUCUUGAGCAGCAGCUGCAGCAGCAGCAGCAGCAGCAGCAGCAGCAGCAGCAGCAGCAGCAGCAGCAGAAGUCGAGCGCCAACCCGGGCCACUCGUCGGUCCAGCUGGAGGGUCCGAAGCAAAGCAACGGCGUCACCGCCACCGCCGAGGACGCGGGGGGGGCUCCGUCGGCAGCGAGCAUCACCAAGGGCACGCCGGUGACACGCGCCUCGCGCCCGUGCUGCUCGCAGUCCAUCACCACGGGCGUCUCCACAUCCUCCUCCUCCUCCUCCUCGUCGCCAUCGUCCUCCCCGACCUCGUCCCCCCUGUCCCCGGCGGCGGCGGCGCCGCCGCUUUCGCUGCUCUCCUCGUCGUCGUCGUCGUCCUCGUCGUCGCUGGCGCCCCCGACGCCCCCCGUGUCCUCGUGCUCCCUGUCGUCCCUUUCCCCCACCUCCUCCUCGUCACCCUCCUCCCCCUCCUCGCUGCUGUCGCUGUCCUCGCCCGCCAGGGGCUGCGACGACUCCACGUCCUCCCCUGCGGCCGCGGCGGCGGUGAUGUGCGCGGCGCUGCCCGAGCGCCACGGCGCCUCCUGGCCGGGGCCCCCGGGCGGUGCGGCGGACGGUGCCGGCGGCGGCGCGGCGGGCGCCGGCGGCGGCGGAGGGAUGGGCGACGGGCCCUGGGACGGGGAAGAGGUUGCGACCGGCGCGGGCCACGGCGGCCGGGCCGAGACGCACGCCCUCCUCGACCACCGCGUGCUGGUGCGCCUCUUCCUCUACUUCACCAUCGCCGAGCGCCGCGUCCUGGCACAGGUGUGCCGCACCUGGCGCCGGGCGCUGUACCAGCCACGGCUCUGGGAGGGCGUCACGCCGGUGCUGCACUGCGCGGAGCUCUACCGCAGCCUCGAGGCCAACGGCAACGGAGAGGCGGCACCGGGCGGCAGCGGCGACAAGGAGUUUGUGAGUCUGCUGGGCUUCGCGGCGCGAGGGUUCGACUCGUUCUGCCUCGUCGGCGUGUCCGACCUCGACGUCUGCGAGUUUAUCGACAACUACCCGCUGGCGAAGGCCGGCGUGCGCGCCAUGGGGCUGCGGAGGUCCACCAUCACCGAUGCGGGGCUGGAGGUGAUGCUGGAGCAGAUGCAGGGCCUCGUGAAACUCGAGCUGUCCGGCUGCAACGACUUCACGGAGGCCGGGCUCUGGUCCAGCCUCAACGGGCGCCUGCAGGUGCUGGGUCUCAGCGACUGCAUCAACGUGGCGGACGACGCCCUCGCCGCCAUCGCGCGCCUCCUUCCCGACCUCUGCGAGCUGAGCCUUCAGGCGUACCACGUGACGGACGUGGGCCUGGCGUACCUGACGGCGCGGCCGGGCCUCCCCAAGCUCUGCUGCCUGCGCCUCCACUCCUGCUGGGAGGUGACGGACCGGGGCGUGGCCACGCUGGCGCGAGGCUUGCCGGCGCUCACGCACCUCAGCCUCUCCGGCUGCUCCAAGCUGACGGACGAGGGCGUCGAAAUGGUGGUGGCGUGCCCCCCGGCCGGCGUGGCGGGCGCGGCCGGGAGCGGCCUGCUGGCGCUCGACCUGUCGUGGUGCCCGCGCAUCACCGACGCCGCCCUCGAGGCCAUCGCCUGCGAGCUGCACCGCCUGCAGGAGCUCGUGCUCGACAGGUGUGUCCGCGUGACUGACCUUGGCCUGGGAUACCUGUCCACCAUGCCCUCUCUGCGCUCCCUCAACCUGCGCUGGUGCUGCCAGAUCCAGGAUUUCGGGCUGCAGCACUUGUACGGAAUGCGGAGCCUCCGGGUCCUCUCGUUGGCAGGCUGCCCCCUGCUCACCAUGGCCGGCCUGUCGGGCCUGGCUCGCCUGGCCUCGCUCGAGGAGCUGGAGCUCACCAACUGCCCCGGCGCGUCGCAGGAGCUCUUCCGCUACCUGAACCAGCGGCUGCCGCGCUGCGUCAUCGUCGAGUGACGUUCCGAGCCGCGGGACGGGGGUGGCGGGCGUUGGGUGGGGCUGUUGGGGGCAACCCAAAAAAAAUGUCCUGACAAGAGGUCGAUGCGACAACACGACCAACCACCCCCACAACGACCAACCACCGCGUCGAUGUCGGGAGUUUGACCGCUCGACGCGACUCCCGCCCCCGUGCCCGUGCGGUUUUUCGUUGUUCUCAAGACGGCGAUGGCGGCGGCGGCGGCGGUGGUGAGCGUGAGUUUGCUGGCGGUCGGCGCCUCGCCAUUGCGUUUGGGGAGCGGCGCUCGGGCCCACCCGGCCCGGCGCGCCGCGGACUGCGCGUGUGCUUGGGCGUGCUCGUGCUGCCGUUUGUUUAUGCAUCCACGCUUUAUUUAAAGGGGACGAAAUGGGAAAGUAAAUCGCUACCUGGAUAUCCGACCAACAAAGCGUGCGUCGUUUAUAAAGGCUGCCUUUAAUGUGUGCGCGUACUCGUGCGUGCGCACACGCACAAAUGCACAAGCGGUCGUUACGGUUUUCCUCACGGUCACGUUUUUCAAAAGUGCAGCUUAAGUUUUAUUUUUUACACGAAACGUCCAAGUGCUGUUGGCGUGAGCGGCGUGCGUGCGUGGCCGUGCUGUGACAGAGUUGCUUCUGAAAGCCUCGUUUGCAUCAUCGAAACCUCUCCUCCCGUCCUCGUCUUCGCUGCGCGACCCCUUCCCCCCGCGCCCACCCCCGAGCGACCUCGACCGCCGAUCGCCGCGCCGAUGCCCGGCACCCGAGGUCGGACGCAGGGUUCCCCCGGGCGAGGCCACUCCCGGCCCUCGUUAACCCAAAUCGCCGCCGAACGAGGGCAAACGCGACCCUGCGUGACGGCGGAGCGCAUGGCUUCCCGUGUAACGCCUGUAGGAGACACACUGGAACACUUGCGAAGUAUACGCGACUAAACCACUACACUUUACCGACCGCAGUACUCCGCGGGGGGGUGGGCAUGCGUCUGCCUGGGAGGACUGCUGCUGCUGCAGGUGCCUUCCACCUACGUCUUGACGUCGCUGCCUGUGCCGCCUGUCGGCGUGCGCGCGACCCUGCCGUCUCGGGGGGCCGUUGCCCGUUUGUGACGGCGAGCCAAGCAGCGGGGUCGGCGACAUUCGGCAGACAACUUCUGCCACGCUACUCGGCCCGAUCUCUCCGUUGCUGAACCGCCGCGUGAUGUCAAGGGCGGCGGCCCGGGCCACGUGGCCUGGAGGCUUCUGAGAAAACGGCAUUUUACUUUACUCUCCCAUCGCUACCCUCCCGCCCCACCACCCCCAACCGGACGGUGGGGGAUUUCAGCUUCUUCAGCGCAAGCGCCGUGAGAACAAGCGGAGCCACGUGGAUCAAGGCGGCGGCGUCGGGAUUUGAGCCGCCACGUGAACGUGCCACGCGGUGCCCACUGGCACCGCCGGAGCGCAAGACGGGGGAGGGUUGGGGGAGGGGGGUGACUCCACGUGUUGUUUUGUGAUCGGCGGGUUGUCGGCGGUCAAAAACCUUGAGAACGGAAAACCCAAAUAUGUGCAUCGAGCUGAGUGGCAGGCUUGCUUGCAGGCCUUGUUUAUCUGCGAAGGUCGGGCAGACAAUGCAUUAGCAGGGGAUUGUAAACAUUUACACAAGUCGUGCAUAUGUUUUGAUAUCACGUUCUCAAGCUUUUUUGACGAUGUCUAUAUAUAUAUGGCUACGCAUUGAGUAUCGUGGUGGUUUUGGCCCAGAUAGCCCCAUUUCAGUGUGGAUUCGACUACAUACACACACAGACGUGAAGACGAGUGUGGAAUUCACAAUUCAUAUUUUCUCAUCGGAUAUUGGGACAUCUGGUAGCCCCAGUAUCUGGAACAUAGAUGUACGUAUUUUUUGGGGGGGGGUUUGUGGUCGUUUUAACAAUAGUAAACACAAACCACACUCAAACGAAAACACUAAAUAAUGGUUUAAAAUGCGAUCAACUAUAGACACGAUGUCAGGUUGCCUGCACACAGUCGCCACCAUCCAUCUGCAGUUUUCUUUGGGAGGUCAUCCGUCCCCGGAGUUUUCCUGGGUUCAGGACUCUGGGUCUCACUUCGCACCGACACGUCCCGUGACAACGUCUGCCAGGGUCACUUACACAACCAGCUGCACAAAACUACACGCAUAGGUAUACACACCCAGGCAUGUACACUAAGCGCACAAGCACUCAUGCACACAUACACACACACACAUUCGGACGUAAAUACUUGCACAUACAAAGAAGACAACUAGCCCCCGGUAUAGCUUUUAGCUUUUGGGGCACAUGCUGUUGGCGAGUAACUCAGGGUCCAUCCAUUUAAUACGUACGCAUGGAGGGGGGUUAACCCAAAUGCGUACGCCUGCGUAUGGGGGCUCUACUGACAAUGUGCGUACGCGGGGUGGGGGGGGGGGGUGAAGCCUCGAUAAUAAUGCAGCCGGCGGUGGACUAUGUUUGCUUAAACACGUUAAUAUUCUUAAUCCUUGAUCGUUUCUGCGUGGAUUCAAUAUCGGCCGUUCUAUAGGAUUCGGGGGGGGGGGGGGGGGU